GUGAGUGAUGCGCGUGUGUGUGAUCGGAUGAGGGGCGGGACGCGAGCUUAGUAGUUGCAACAUGUGCGCUGACUUUCAGCACACUACCACUGAACACUCGCUUUACUCGUGUACUCUAAAUGUCUGGGGGAAAUAACUCAACGGCGCACGAGUCCUGUGACGAUGACUUCGUGAAGUAUGGAAAUCCCAGCACUUCGGCGGUGAUGUUCUCGGCCGGUGUGUUGGGGAAUAUCAUGGCACUGCUCCUGAUAAAAGUCCGGCGCGGGAGGACCAGCCGGUCCCAUUACCAGGUCCUGGUCACUGCGCUUCUCCUGACGGACCUGCUUGGCUCCCUGUCUGUCAGCCCUGUUGUGCUGGCCGCUUAUUUUCACAACAAAACCCUGGUGGCGAUGAGACCGAACAAAGAGGUGUGUUCUUACUUUGGCUUCAGUAUGACCUUCCUGAGCCUAUCCACACUGGGCAUCCUAUGCGUAAUAGCGCUCGAGCGCUACCUCUCCAUUGGCCACCCUUACAUGUACGAGAAGCACUUAAGCACACGCUGUGCUUAUAUUGUCCUUACGCUCGUCUACAUGGGCAGCAUCCUUUUCUGCAUCAUGCCUUUCAUGGGUUUUGGUGACUACGUGCAGUACUGCCCGGGGACCUGGUGCUUUCUGCAGAUGGGUCACACGGACAGAAAGGAUACAAUUUACAUCGUCUUUUACGCAUCUCUCAUCCUCAUCAUGAGCUCUACGACAGUGGUGUGCAACAUAUCUGUCAUUUAUCUCUUGGUAGUGAUGCACAGGAGGGGUAAGGUCCGCCGGCUCUUCCGGCACCACAGGUCCAUGACGGAGGAGGUGGCUCAUCUCCUGCCACUAGCUGUCAUCACUGUUGUCUUCAUCUGCUGCACCUUCCCCUUAGUGUCAAGAGUGAUGAACCUAGAAGGCAGCCAGGUGGAUCGUAAAGCAGCUGAUCUACGAGCUCUCCGUUUGCUCUCAUUCCACUCCAUCAUUAACCCAUGGGUUUUCAUCAUCCUCCGCCCCUCUGCUCUGAAAAUUAUUUGGAAGAAGCUGCAGAAACCACAGAAGUCCAAACGAGUGGGAGGAGGCCAUCCAGUAGAGCUCCAGAAACAGGAAAAUGAGGACAAUACUGGACAUGGAUGAGUUGCACAAGGCCUCUUAGGCCUGUAGCAUAUUCUCUGUCUAAGGGGUGAAGUGAACUGAAGAAAGGCUAAAAACCAAACAGAGCAGAUGUUGCCACAUCUCAGACAGCAGACACCAGGAAGCUCUCUAGAUGAUCUUGAAGUGUAAGGUCAUGUUACUUAGGCAGCUGUUUUGAGUGGGCCUGUCUCUUCUGUUAAUCUAUCAAUCGUUGGGUCAU